GCACGGUGUGACAUUUAUGCCAGAAUUUGUGGUAAAUCGGCAACUAAAAAAGCUGAUUUUUUGAGUGCAAUCAUAAUUAGGGACUGUCAAUCAUCCAUCAGUGUUUCAAACUUGUUGAUGCAUCAGAAGUUGCAGUAAGUGGAAAUAUUUUUUCAUAAUGAGCAGAUCAACAAGGAAGGGUGAAGAUGAACUGCACUCAACUAUCAAAAGUGUAGUUAUCAAGCUAUGUAAUUCUGAAGAAUUCAUAAAUAGCAUAACAGCCUCAAUUACCGAAACAAUAACUCAAAAAUUUAACAAGGAAAUUGAAAAUCUAAGACGGGAGAACAAGGAAUUGGUGAAAAAAGUGCAGAAUCAAGAUAUUCUGUUACAAUCGCUUGCUGAAAAGGAGGAGAAACAUGAACAACAUCUGAGAAGUCGAAAUAUCCGAUUUUAUGGCGUCAAAGAGGAUGGAAAUGAGAAUUGUGCAGCAGCUAUCCAAGAAAUUUUGUCAAGUAAAAUGAAUAUAGAUAUAGAAAGUUGGCAUCUCGACAGCUGCUACAGAGUUGGGAAAUAUGUAAGAGAUAAAAAUAGGCCAAUUAUGGUGAGAUUCUCAACAUUAUUUCAUAAAAACAUAGUAUACCAAAACAAGAAAAAACUGAAAAGUACCGGCGUCAUUGUUAAAGAAGACCUCACUGUCGAACAGAUGAAAGUAUUUAAAGCUGCUAUUGCCAAAGUUGCCAACAAUGGGAGAGUAUGGACGAAUUUCGGAAAUAUCUUCGCCAAAUUCAAUGGUGAAAAUGACUUGAUAAAAUUAAAAUGUUUCGAUGAUGUACAUAAUAUGUGAAACCAAAUUGUAAUACUACCUCCCAUUUUAUUUUACGAUUCAGGUAACAAAUAUUUAGGAAUAUAUCAUUGUUUUCAAUUUUCCAAGGAUCAUUUUUCACUAUUUCAUAUCUAUUACGAUUUAUAUACCUACAUUUUUAAAUAUUUUCUAAUCAUGGUUAAGUGAGCCGAAUACGAAAAUAUGUGAAGAUGUCACGCUAUGUGCAAUUGACCCGAACCCGUAUUCAAUUUAUUUGAAAUUUCUUCUCACUAUUUUUUUUUUUGUAUUAUCUCUUUUGUCGUGAUAAGGAUAACAAAGAAACUUGUACUUAUUUUAUUUUGGGAAUAUAAAACAUUCACAUUUUCAACGCUAUAAUAAACUCAUGAACUCAAUAAAAGUAGGUUUCAUCAAUGUUAGGUCAUUAUUACCAUCUCUCCAAGAAGUUAAAUUGUUGAUAUCUGAUAAUAGUUUUGAUUUGCUUCUGAUUUGUGAGACGUGGCUCAGAAACGAUAUUUCUGAUGCGGUAGUCAGCAUAGAUGGGUUCAAAUUAUAUAGAAAUGAUCGUGAAACUAGGGGAGGAGGCCUUUGUAUAUAUUGUAAAAAUACUAUUAAAAGUCAGCGAAUGAAUGAUACUGAUAAUAAUGAUAAUACUGAACAACUCUGGAUUAAAAUUAUAAUUGGAAAAAAGAAUGUUGCCAUUGGUAAUACAUAUAGACCUCCUCGUCAGGAUAUAAACCAAUUUUUAAACGACUUUGAAGAUACUCUCAGUAUAAUCUGCCCUUCUGUUGACGAAUUAAUAUGUUGUGGGGAUCUGAAUAUCAAUCUUUUAGAAGAGAAUUCUAGUAAUGUGAAAAAACUUGUUUCGAUCAUAGAGUCGUUUGAAUUAUUUCAAGUUGUGGACAGUCCUACUAGAAUAACAGAUACAUCAAAUACGCUGUUGGAUGUUAUCAUUACUAAUAUGAAUGAAUAUGUAACAGAGAAGGGUGUAGUUGAUUCUAAUGGAAUAUCUGAUCAUUUGCUUGUGUACUGUGUGUUCAAAGUUAGCAGUAACGAACAGAGUUCUAGAUUUCAUACAUACAGAAGCUUCAAAAAUUUCAAUGAUGAACUAUUUCAAAGGGAUCUGUUCAAUACCCCAUUUUUUGGAAUUUUUGAUCAAGAAAACGUGGAUGAAAAGGUAUCUCUAUUGGUGAAUUACUUGCUCAAUAUAUUAGAUAGGCAUGCACCUAUUGUAACUUCUAGAAUAACUAAACCAAGAGCUCCGUGGUUGACAGACACUUUGAGAGACAUGAUGACUUUGCGAGAUAAUGCACUCAAAAAAUAUAAAAGAACGAAAUCUGAUAAUCAUUUUCAAUUCUAUAAAAAUAUGCGCAACUAUGUGAAUAAAGCUAUAAUAAGAGAAAAGAGGGCAUAUUUUGUGCAGCAAUUCAAUACCACUGAUAAGAAGAAAAUGUGGAAAACUCUUAAAAACAAUAAAAUGGUUGCUGAUAAGUCGAGAGAUUUGCCGAAUGACCUCAAAAAAGUAGAUGAAAUUAAUGAUUUCUUAGUUAACAAUAUUCCACUGAGGUCGCCACCUCAAGAACUUCUAAGUUUUUAUGAAACCAACAGAUUGACCGAUUCUGAAUUUGUUUUCGAAGAGAUAAAUGACCUUUUUGUAUAUGAAACAAUCUGUGGAAUCAGAACUAAUGCUAUUGGGUGCGACUAUUUAAAUAUAAAACUAAUAAAAUUAUGUUGUCCUCAUAUAGUACCAUAUAUCACCCAUAUAAUAAAUUUCUGCUUAACAAAAAAUAUAUUUCCUGAAGCGUGGAAAAGAGCAGUGGUUAAAGUUAUUCCAAAAAUCCAAAAUCCAAUUGCAUAUAAAGAUCUGAGAGGCUUGAGUAUUCUCCCUGUGCUUUCCAAAGUACUGGAGCGAGCAAUAGACUUUCAACUACGGAAACACCUUUCAGACUUUUCACUGUUACCUUCGAUACAAUCUGGAUUUCGUAAAGGGUAUAGUUGCACGACUGCUCUACUCCACGUUGUAGAUGAUAUCUGCAGAGCUACUGACCAAGGCUUAUGCACAGCUUUAGUUUUACUUGACUUCAGUAGGGCCUUCGACACCAUCAAUUAUAAUCUGAUGCUCGCAAUUUUUCACUAUCUGGGACUUUCGCAAAAUUCAAUAAAUUUGCUGAGGUCAUAUCUCUCAAAUAGGCAACAAAAAGUGGUUAUAGGUGAUGCUAGCUCUACUUAUCUGACUCUGAAAUCUGGAGUGCCCCAAGGAUCCAUCUUAGGGCCUCUUCUAUUCACAAUGUAU